AUGAUCAAUAAUUUUAUGGUCGGCGAACUAACGAAGUUUCCUCAAAAUGAUAACUUUUGGUUCCAACAAGAUGGCGCGACAUCCCAUACGGCCCGAGUAUCAAUAAAUGCUAUUCAACAAAUUUUUGGAAAUCGCAUUAUUUCCAAAAAUGGUGAUAUUCAUUGGCCACCUCGAUCACCGGAUUUAUCAGUAUGUGACUUCUUUUUGUGGGGAUAUUUAAAAAGUAAAGUCUAUGCACAGAAACCUCGAAAUAUUGAUGAACUAAAAAACAAAAUUAAAGAAGAAAUUUCCAGUACGCCUUUGGAAGUGAUACACCGUGUAGUGGAAAAUAUACGAAGUAGGCUAGAAGAGUGUUUGAGAAGAGAUGACCAUCAUCUUGAGGAUAUAAUUUUUAAAAAAUAA